AUGGCUUCUAAACACCCAUUGAGACGUUCGUGUGCAUUUUGCCGCGCACGCAAGAUCAAGUGCUCCAAUGAGACGAUUUGCGAAGCAUGUCGAAGACAAGGAGCUGACUGUAUAUAUGACUUCGAACCACCUCGCCCCAAGUCUCGAACAAUCAGCCAAGAUGGCCCUCGAUCAGAUCCUGCAGCGCGAGUUGAUGGGCUCUCUGGCCUACAGAGAUCCUCUACUGGCGGCACACCGGCAAAUGGAAGCCCUACUGGCACCUUCUCCGAGGAGCCAAUGCCCAUAGACGACGUUGAUAACAUUGCUCUAGUGUUGGAACAAAAGUUUUAUGAGAACUUUUCUACAGAUACCGGCCAACGAUCCAAUCCAUGGCAGGAGAGGAUUGCAGCCUAUCACCGCUCUAUCCAAAACUCCGUUAGAGAACGCCCCGAGACCAUGACCGCCAAGUUCAACCCCAAAAAUGUCAAGUACACUGGUAUCCUAAACUUAUUAACACACGAUCUUGUCGGCCUGAUUACAGACCAAUUCGGCUCUCUCGGUUGCCAUCACGUUGAAGAUGGCGGGGCCAGAUUUUUCCUUUCUGGGUUGAUUAGUGACGAGACCCAGACAAUGUUCGACGACGCUCCCUUCAGUGGGAACCCGCUCUCAGAGUAUGGUCAGCGACAGCAGACGCAGCUAAUAGAUGUCUGGUUCUCUGUACAUCCAUUAUCAUUCCUUGUUUCCAAAACCCUACUUUUAAGAGAACUCCGUGAUGGAACUCAUGAUGAAACCCUCCUUGCCACAAUGUUGGCUGACGCCAACUUCAGCAUUGGUGACGAGGUUGCCAUGGCCCGUGGCCACGUUCUGCUUCGAUGGGCCACGGCUCAGCUGCGAACAAGACCUCUUCGAUCCAACCAGUUCUCCUCAGCUGGCGCCGCCCAGUACAGCGGGAUCUCGACACGAAUCUUUAGUGGUAUUUCAACAGCUCAAACCUUGAUGCUUUUGGCUUGGAAUGCCUUAUGCUCAUUCCAGAUUCGCCGUGCUACCUGCUACAUCGGCCUUGCAGGCAGGAUUACCAACGAGAUUAAAGAGCAAAUAUCCAGCACCGCGGCCCCUAUGACUUCAAGCCGAAUCAAUGGGAUUGAUGUAUUUGACGUUGAGAAAGAGAUUGUGGCCUAUCUUUACUGGACGACUCAUUCAUUGAGCCUUUGGGCGUUUAUUCAAAUGGGCAACGGUUAUUUUUCUGGUCUUCUCCCUACCUCCUUAACUUCCAUCUUCCUCCCUGUGACGGAAGCAUCGUCAGUCAUUAUUCAACUAGAUAUGGUGUCGGAAAAUUUCAGCACAUUACAGAAACAGAAAUCUGUCAUUCGCGAAAUGUGGCCGCUCGCCCACAUUGCCAGCGUCAUUGCCUACAUUUUUGCCCUUUACCCGCACGACACAGACACGUCCGGGUCCCCGAAAACAAAUUUUUGGCAAGAGGCACCACUACUUGCACUGCAACGCAUUCAGCAGGGCAAACCUUCGCAGGAUGUGGGAGCAGUGUGCCGCGAGAUAAACAGAGUCUUGAUGGAGAGCAUUCACAUUCUCAACAGGCAGGUAACAGAGGUCUCGUCGAGAAGUUUGGUUCUACUUGUCUACCAUACCAUGGCUAUCCACUUUCUGUUCCCAAUGUUGCCACAGGGCCAAGCUGAAGAAGCGGUUUCAGCCGAGAUGGUGGACAGAUUGUGUGCCUCUAGCCAAGAGGUAUUACAGAUUUUCACGGUGAUUUCAGAGCAGCCCCAAGACUUGUUUAGCCUCACACCAUCACUAAGAUCCUCAUUUCCCGACCUAUUUUGUCUUGCAUUAGACACCUGUGCGCGGGCGCUCAAUCUUAUUCACACCAAGAAAAAGAUGGGGGCGUUGCUCAUGGAUCUGUCAAUGAUGCACACUUCCGAUACCAGGCUGCAAUUGUUGGCAAAGAAGCUAUAUACAACCAGUCAGAAUGACUUCUUGAACCAGGGUAGGUCCCUGAGAUUGGUGCGGAAGCGCCUGAGGGCUUGUGUAAGAGCAUUUGGCGGAUCUCGGUCCGGGUCUGCAUCUUCCGGAGCCUCAUCUCCAGAUGACGGCAGCAGGUCUGGGAACUCCCUGCCACAGUCUCCUCUUCAUCAUAGUCCCCCAAUCAUUGCGGGUCAUGAAUCAGACCGCAUGUCUACAGCAACAACUGCCGUCAUCGACUCGACGUCUUCAUUCAUCUCGCCCAUGGACACAUCCACGAUUCCUCAAUCUAUGCAUUCAUCACUGCCUUCUUCCGACUCGGGUAGGAGCUCCAUUCUGUACAGACUAGUUGAUGAUCUUCAUAAACCCGAUUGGGACGCCGCGGACGAGCUGUUCCACACUGUCCUUGACCCGGGCGCUCUCGGUGCGCCUGUGGGAGACCAUCUCAGCGUCUCUGACUUUGUUGACAUGCAAAAUGCCUGGUAUCCGCAGAUUCCCGGGUUCAUGGAUUUUGAUAUCUCUGGAUCGAUGUCUGGAGUGCAAUGGGAGUGGCCAGAACUAGGGGUCGAGACGGCAGCGGCAACGGCCGGGGCCGACAUGGAUUCUGCCUUGUAUUAUUUUGACAACACACCUAACAAGAGGCCAUGCUGA